ACCCCAACCUUUCCUCCGUUCGUCCACCAUCCACAAUGUCUCUCUCGAACAAACUCUCAAUCACUGACCUCGAUCUCUCGGGAAAGAGGGUCCUCAUUCGUGUUGACUUCAAUGUCCCCAUGCAGGACGGCAAAAUCACAAACCCCGCACGUAUCGUCGCAGCCCUCCCGACGAUAGAACACGCAAUAAAUAAUGGAGCUCGCGCAGUUAUCUUGAUGUCGCACCUCGGACGCCCAGACGGCCAAGUCAAUCCGAAAUACUCUCUGGAACCUGUGGCGAAGGAACUAGAACAACGCCUCGGAAAACCUGUUAUCUUUACCAAAGACUGUGUCGGUCCAGAGGUGGAACAGACUGUUGCGUCCGCACCUGAGGGCUCUGUUAUUCUCCUCGAGAACCUACGCUUCCACAUCGAGGAAGAAGGCUCGGCUAAACAGAAGGACGGGACAAAGAAGAAGGCAGACAAGCAAGCUGUUGAAGAAUUCUGUGCGGGCUUGACGAAGCUUGGUGAUGUCUACGUCAACGACGCGUUUGGCACUGCGCACCGUGCACACGCUAGUAUGGUUGGCGUCAAGCUCGAUCAGCGUGCUGCUGGAUUCCUCAUGAAGAAAGAACUUGAUUACUUCGCAAAAGCUCUCGAACACCCUGAGAGGCCAUUCCUUGCAAUUCUUGGUGGUGCGAAGGUAUCCGAUAAGAUUCAGCUGAUUGAUAACCUGCUCGACAAGGUCAACAAACUCAUCAUUUGUGGCGGAAUGGCAUUCACUUUCAAGAAGACUCUCAAUGGUGUAAAUAUCGGAAAAUCUUUAUUUGAUGAGGCCGGUUCACAGAAAGUUGCCGAACUCGUUGAGAAGGCGAAGAAGAACGAAGUCGAGCUUGUCUUCCCCGUCGACUACAUCACGGCGGAUGACUUCAACAAGGACGCAAAUACAGGCACCGCGACAGACGAAAGUGGCAUUCCGGACGACUGGAUGGGUCUCGAUUGCGGUGAGAAGAGCCGAGAACUUUUCGAACUGACCGUUCUAAGCGCGAAGACCAUCCUCUGGAACGGCCCUCCCGGCGUGUUUGAGUUCGAGAAGUUUUCUGGGGGCUCAAAAGCGCUGCUUGCUGCAAAUAUCAAAGCUGCGCAGAGUGGAAAUGUUGUUAUAGUCGGCGGUGGGGACACUGCAACACUCGUUGCACAACAGGGUGAGGAAGACAAGCUGAGCCAUGUUAGCACUGGUGGUGGGGCAUCUCUUGAACUACUCGAGGGCAAGACACUUCCCGGUGUUGCCGCUCUCAGUAACAAGGAGUAAAUUUGUACGCCCGCGACGGUGGUGAACCCCUUUUUUACUCUGUAAACUCUCAUGGAGAAAGCUGGUAGUAAACAUUAUAGGCACAUAAAAAUUGCUGUACAGUAGCACAACUUAGAAUCCGUCUGGCAAAUUUGGUGAAGACGUCUGUAUGCUUAUUAUGUACGCCAUGAAACUUCGUCAUUGCCAAUUCGGGUAGCUCCAUGAUAACUACAGUGUUGCGUAUCCUGAAAAUUUAAGAGCCCACUUCACGACCUUAUUAUUAAUACUUCAUUGCGCCUAUUUCACACCGCCGACGACUGCAAUGACGUAAAGCAUACGACUCUAUUGAUUUGAUAGAAACCCUGCCACGGUUCAGGUCAUAUCCUGACUGCACCUUGCACGAUGACUGGCUGCCCAGUACACAAGUGCAUCCGAGAAAACCGCGAACAUCUCUCGUUGACGAUUUGUACCUAGCGAGUAAAAGUCCUGAUCAGUAUUUUCUAUUUGCAGUCGAUGCACUAGUGAAGAAUAUCGGCUUUACCAGUUACUUCUCUCGCUUUUCCGCGCGACUAUAAUGGCCACAUUGGAGAGAAGCUACCGCCAGUCUAUCCUGAUCUCGUGAAAUCGAUUCAAUCCACAUGUAGAACAUGCGACAAGACAACUUACUGCCACGUCUCUUUCAAAGAAUCCGAUCGCCCAAUUUAAGAAUGUCCCCGGGGAUUUUUUUACCGAGAACGUGCCGACCGACUCUCCGGAUACUACUCUUUGUCGAUACGGAAGUAUUCAUGAACCAAUGUACUGUCGUCAGGUGUCUCGUACACUGACGAGACCGCGCGGGCCGCACACCAUAUGACCAACACCUCAAGGAUCUUCAAGUGGCCGCGUUUUUUCGCUCCGAAAAUAUGCCUUCCUUCGCGUAUUUAAGGCGCACAACUGGACGUGCUAGCCCUGUGGACUUCUCCGUACCCCGGUUUGAAAAUGUUUGUCAAGACUCUUGCUACCGUCCUCCUGUCUGCUGUUGGUGCAUUCGCUGCACAGGGUCAGCUUGUGCAAGUAACGAACUUCGGCCAAAACCCUACAAAUGUCGGGAUGUUCGUUUACAAGCCGGCGAAGCUCGCCUCGCCGCCACCACUUAUCGUUGCUAUGCACUAUUGCACUGGAACUGCGCAGGCAUACUUCCAAGGGACGCAAUAUGCUAAUCUUGCGGACACUCACGGCUUCAUUGUGAUCUACCCGAACGCGCCUGACUCGGGAGGAUGCUGGGAUGUCCACACGCCACAGACCUUGAGUCACAAUGCUGGAGGAGAUUCCCUGGGAAUUGUAUCUCAAGUCCGUUAUGCGAUUCAAAAUUACGGCGUUGAUGUCAGCCGCGUCUUUGCAACCGGAACGAGCUCUGGAGCAAUGAUGACGAACGUCCUGAUGGGAGCAUACCCAGACGUCUUCCAAGCCGGCUCUGCAUUCUCUGGUGUCCCAUUCGGAUGCUUCGCGGGCCCAGAUAUGUGGAACUCGCAAUGCGCACUUGGUGAGCUCAUUAUGACACCAGAGCAAUGGGGCGAUCUUGUCAGAAAUGCCUAUCCUGGUUACACGGGACCUCGUCCGAAAUUCCAGUUCUGGCAUGGAACCGUCGACACGACCCUCUAUCCUCAGAACUUCUGGGAGGACAUUAAGCAAUGGACGAAUGUCUUUGGUGUCAGCCAGACUCCGACGUCCAACACCACCAAUGACCCUCUUCCCGGUUACUCGAGGGCAUCCUUCGGUCCGAACGUCCAGGCUAUCCUUGCUCAGGGUGUUGGUCACACUGUCCCAGAGCAGGCGAACGAUGUUCUUAACUGGUUCGGGCUGAGCAAUUUGACUCCUGGAAGCGGCUCGGGCCCGUCGUCCAUCCCGGCUUCGCCAUCCAGCAGUGCACCGGUUUCUACAGGCACUCCAUCGUCUCCAUCGUCGGGUACUGCCGCCCACUGGGCUCAAUGCGGAGGUAUCGGCUAUACGGGGCCGACGACUUGUGCAUCACCCUACACUUGCACAGUUGCAAACGCGUACUACUCCCAGUGUCUCUAGUUUAACUUACGGAGCCAAUCUGCACAGUGUUGCCUUAAUCGCUCCUGAGACGCAUAUAAAGAUCGGAAUGCAAAGCUGUCAUCGAAGAUACGCAGUAUGAUUAUUGCAAAAGCUAAAACGCAUACACUUUGACCUGAUGCCAUAUAGACUGCGCAUAUUCUUAUGAACACUCCAAACUCCUCAUUGAGAGUUAAUCUUGUACAACUGACAAUAUACUCACGAAUCCUACCGGGGUCUAGCAAUUUGGGUCAUGAUGUCGUGAGAGAAGAACGAAUCCUUAGGAUGUAGGCAUCCACCAUUCAAUGUGUAAAUUUCCUACGAUACCGUGACAUUGUACUCAUAGCAGACAAGUACAACACGUGUUUGCGGCAGUUCCACACCACAGAACUCGCAAAUCAUGCCGGAUACAUGAUAUCUAUUGUGCCACUUCAAGAACGAGAUCCACUUGUUGACUCGGGACUGGUGAUUUGACAGGCAUUUGCUUUUUGACUUAAGAGUCUGGCGUACAUCUCAAUGAGGUCUGUGCUCAUGUAGCUCGUGUACCUCGUCUGAGCAAUGCCUAUUACCCUGUUUAAAAUGUCGAACAUUGCAUAGAACCUUUGUA